AUGUUCAUGUAAAUGUAAUACCUUUUAAAUGACUUUACUCACCAUCCUUGCAAUGUGAGUAAUGUGGCUUCUUUUCCCUUGCAAGCUUUUGACCAUUAAUUAAUUACUUUUUUCAUCUCUUCUUUUUAAUUCCAUUUAUUUUCUUUAUACUUUCUUUCUACAAUUCUUUUAAAUUCAUUUUAUUUUUUAGUUCUUUUUUUUUCUUCUGUCUUUCAUUUUUUCUUUUUUUAAUUAUUUUCUUUUUUCAUCUUUUUUAUUUAUGCCAUUUCAUUUCAUUUAAUUUUUCUUUCUUUUUAUUUACAUUCUUAAUACUUAUUUUCAGCUAAUUUUAAGUAAAGGCCUGCAAAUAAAGUCAACUAUCAAUCAAUCUAUCUAUCUUUCUUUCUUUCUAAUCUCUAGUAGAUUUCAAAAGCAAUAAAAUUCAAAUAUCUUUUGCUAAGUUAUAGUAAAUAAAUUAAAACUGGAGCUUUUAAUUAUUUUGAAGGUAUUCUUGCAAGCAAACAAAUUGUUUUUUAUUUAAGCCAGUAAUUUCCUUUUAUAUUUUAAGAUUAAUAAAUAAAAAAAUUUAUUUAUAAAAAAUGA